UCUGUGACCUUCGAUGAUGUGGCCGUGACUUUUACCCAGGAGGAGUGGGGGCAGCUGGACCCGGCCCAGAGGACCCUGUACCAGGAGGUGAUGCUGGAAAACUGUGGCCUUCUGGUGUCUCUCGGGUGUCCUGUUCCUAGACCUGAGCUGAUCUACCAGCUGGAGCACGGGCAGGAGCUGUGGACGGUGAAGAGACACCUGUCUCAAAGCGCCUAUCCAGGUGACAAGGGAAAACGCAAGACUACAGAACUUUCCCCUUGUGCAUCAGCCCUGUCUGAGGGGGCCUUGUUCCAGGAACUAAGACAGGGAGACCCAGGGAAUUUGCAGCUGGGCCAAACCAAGGAUCAGAGUGGGCCAUUAGAAAUGCAGGAAGGACACUUGAGAUCAGGGUUGGAACCCCAGAGGGAGAAGCUCCCUGAGAAAACAAGCCCUGAACCUGAUGGUUUAGGGACAGCUGAUGGUAUAUGUUCGCAAAUUGCACAGGAGCUGAUCCACUCAGGAGGUGCUGUCCGUGACCAUGACUCGUGUGGAUCAGGUAAAGAUCCCAUGAUUCAGGAGGAGGAAAAUACCUUUAAGUGCAACGAAUGCGGGAAAACUUUUAACAAGAAGCACCUUCUUGCUGGACAUGAAAAGAUUCACUCUGGAGUGAAGCCCUAUGAAUGCACAGAGUGUGGGAAAACCUUUAUUAAGAGCACACACCUCCUCCAGCACCACAUGAUCCACACGGGGGAGAGGCCCUACGAGUGCAUGGAGUGUGGGAAGGCCUUCAACCGCAAGUCAUACCUUACACAGCACCAGCGGAUUCACAGUGGAGAGAAGCCUUAUAAGUGCAACGAGUGUGGGAAGGCCUUCACCCACCGCUCCAAUUUCGUCUUGCAUAAGAGGAGGCACACUGGAGAGAAAUCCUUUGUGUGCAAAGAAUGUGGGCAAGUCUUUCGACACAGGCCAGGAUUCCUUCGACAUCACAUCAUCCACAGUGGUGAGAAUCCUUAUGAAUGCUUCGAGUGUGGCAAGGUCUUCAAACACAAGUCAUACCUCGUGUGGCACCAGCAGACUCACACUGGGGAGAAGCCCUAUGAGUGCAGUGAGUGUGGGAAAGCCUUCUGUGAGAGUGCAGCCCUCAUUCACCACUACGUCAUCCACACUGGGGAGAAGCCCUUUGAGUGCCUAGAGUGUGGAAAGGCCUUCAACCACAGGUCAUACCUCAAGAGGCAUCAGAGGAUUCACACUGGGGAGAAGCCUUUUGUGUGCACUGAAUGUGGAAGGGCCUUCACCCACUGCUCUACUUUUAUCUUGCAUAAAAGGGCCCACACUGGAGAAAAACCUUUUGAGUGCAAAGAAUGUGGGAAAGCCUUUAGCACUAGGAAAGACCUCAUUCGACACUUCAGCAUCCACACUGGGGAGAAGCCCUUUGAGUGCUCAGAGUGUGGGAAGGCCUUCAACCGCCGGUCUGGGCUCACGAGGCACCAGCGGAUUCACAGUGGAGAGAAGCCCUAUGAAUGCAUGGAGUGUGGGAAAUCCUUUUGCUGGAGCACAAACCUCAUUCGACAUGCUAUUAUCCACACUGGAGAGAAGCCCUAUAAGUGUAGUGAGUGUGGAAAAGCCUUCAGUCGCAGCUCAUCCCUCACUCAGCAUCAGAGGAUUCAUACCGGGAGAAACCCUGUCAGUGUAACAGAAGUGGGAAGACCCUUCACAAGUGGGCAGUCCUCAGUCACCCUCCGAGAACUCCUUUUGGGGAAAGACUUCUUGAAUGUAACCACUGAGGAAAACCUUUUGCCAGAUAAAACAUCUACCAUGGCAUCUGAUCGGACACACCAAAGAGAAACCCCCCAAGUAUCUACACUGUGAGAAAAUCUUCCAUCCCAGACCAUCAGUAGUCACGUAGAGACGCAUUUUAGAGAUUGACUGAGCCCAGAGCCUUAUUCUGCAUCUGAGAAUUCAUCCAUGAGGGAGAGAGCAGUGUUUAUUGUGCACGAAGUAAAACCUUCACCUACCUGUUUCUCCCUAGUUUACACUGCAGUGUUAUCUCAGGAAUUUUUAUAAAAAGAAGGUGGAGAUGUAGAAGAACAAAUGAAAUGAAAAACUUUUGAGACUUCUCUGUCCAGCUUACAGCACUUUGUCAUGGAUUCCUUAGUUUACUUGGGGCCAGGGAGAUGUUUCAGAGGCAGUGGACCUUGACCCUGUAUGUGUCAUGUAUAUACAUUCAUUGCUGUCCAAUGUCAGGAGGGUUAGACAGUUGAGGACAAGUUAUUAAAGUGAUAAAUAUACACAUAAGAACACAUUUUAUUGUACCAGUUAAGACUCUAAAGCUUACAUUUUUAGAAAACUGUUACUUGGUUUUAAACACCAAACAGACUUUUUCAGACUUGUUCUUCAUCCAGUCUAUUUACUUAAUUUCUGUAGCUAUAUGGUAGACCUCAAAAUUGGGUAAAGUGAUUCCUCUUUAUUCUUACUUAAAUCGA